UGUGCUCUGGUCUGUAGAGAUAUGUAGAGAGGGAGAAGGGGACAGAUUGCUAGCCAGCUAGCAGCUUGGAUUCUAACGAUUAUAGAAACGUGGAUAUGUUGCACAGGGGCGGCUUUAUUUCAUAAAACCCCAUAUUGGAUACCUGUUUUUCGCGAAGAGGCCUGGACCGGUCGUUUUUAACUUAACAAUCUGACAUUUUUGCUUUGAUUGUAGCUAACCAUCGCGCGGUGUAGACACCACAAUACAGCAGCGCCAGCCGGAGUCCGUCUCCUAAACAAGAAUGGGGUCUAGGUCCACAGCACUGCUUAGGUAAAGUGACCUUUGGUUGUGUUCUAUAAAUGGCCAAUUUGAUGAAUUACCAAGAAAACAAAGCCGCUAUGUUGUUGGUGGAGACGCAACAGAGGGGCAUCGGGACGACUCCAGCGGCUACUGCAGCCAACGGCUACACCUCAAUUGGGGAACCCCCUUCCCCGUUAUUGAAUAUCUGCGGUGGCAGUGGAGCUCGUUUUCAUCAGCACAUGCCGCCCUCCAACCACCACAGCCACCAUCACUACCCCCAGAGCUCGCUUCCCAAAGAACAACGCCCGCUGUUGCACCACUAUCCGGCGGCGACACAGCAACAGCAGCAUACUCUCUCUGGUGAAAACAUCCCAGGGUCCCCGGUAAGGAAAGCCUCGUUGUCGUCUUUGAACCUGGUACAUGAGGACCCCUCUGCUAGCCACCACGCACUCGCUGCAUCGGUGAACGCGGCGUCGGCUGCAAUUCAAUUGGCUGCGAAUGCUAACGUUAGCGUCGCUACCUCAGGGGUCAUGGACGACAUUCGGAAGUGUGGCUACCUACGGAAACAGAAGCAUGGACACAAGCGGUUUUUCGUUCUGAGGGUGGCGAGCCACCUAGGCCUCAGCCGGCUGGAGUACUAUGACAGCGAUAAAAAAUUCCGCAGUAGCCUGCGGUCUUCAGCAGCAUCCCCGAAACGGGUGAUCUAUCUGUAUCAGUGCUUCACCGUCAACAAAAGAGCGGAUUCCAAGAACAAACACCUCAUAGCCCUCUACACUAAGGAUGAGUACUUUGCCAUUGUGGCUGAAAACGAGCAGGAGCAAGAGGACUGGUAUGUAGCCCUGAGUGAACUAAUGAGUGAGGGGAAAAAGGGGCAUCUAGACUCUGACGAGUUGGAUGAUGGCUAUGGUACAGUCACACCAGGUACGGUUUUCAAAGAGGUGUGGCAGGUGAAUGUGAAACCCAAAGGUCUGGGUCAGACCAAGAACCUCACAGGUGUGUAUCGUUUAUGCCUCUCUUCUAAAACUAUCCAUCUGGUCAAACUAAACUCUGAGACACCGUAUGUCAACCUCCAGCUAAUGAACAUCAGACGAUGUGGACACUCAGAAAGCUUCUUCUUCAUCGAGGUGGGUCGGUCAUCCUCCAUAGGACCAGGGGAGAUAUGGAUGCAGGUAGAUGACUCUGUCGUGGCUCAGAACAUGCACGAGACUAUCUUAGAGACCAUGAAGGCUCUGAAGGCCUUCGCAGAGAUCCGCCCUAGGAGUAAAAGCCAAUCAUCGGGCUCCAACCCCAUGGCGUUCAUCACCACCCGCCGUCACCUAGGCAACCUGCCGCCGAGCCAGACAGGUCUCCAGCGCCGCUCCCGGACCGAGUCGGCGGUCGGUACGCCACCAUCGAGUAAGAGCUCCGGUGCCAGUGGCUACCGCUUCAGGACGUCAAGUGAAGGUGAAGGGACGAUGAACCGGCCAUUCCGGUCUGUUACCGGCAGCCUGAUCCACCUGAACACUGCCCGGAUACACCUAGGGCGCCAGGAGGGUGGGGGAGGGGCAGGGAACACCGGGGGAGGAGGGCGCUACGCCAGGGCGCUACCGGGCUCCAACUGCCACACCCGCUCCGCCUCGCUCCCAGUCUCCCACUUCUCCUCCACCACCUCCCCCGUUAGUGUGUCCAGCAGCAGCGGUCACGGCUCAGUCUCUGACACCCUCACCCGGCCCUCCAGCUCGUCCAUAUGCGGCUCCCCCUCUGACGGAGGCUUCAACUCCUCAGACGAGUACGGCUCAAGCCCCGGAGACUUUCGUUACUUCCGAGUCCGUAGCAACACACCUGAUUCUCUGGGCAACACCCCACCAAUCAGAGAAGAGAACUGCCUGAGUGACUACAUGGCCAUGGGCUGGCACCGCGAGGUGUUUGGAGCGGGCGGCGUGAGUAGCUCUGGCGGUGCCGAGGCCCCCCACCGGGACGAGAGCACGUCGACGGACGAAGACCGGUCUCUGAGGCGGCGGACACACUCGUUCACGCGGCCUGGGAGUCAGGGUGGUGUUGCCGGCGGUAGCAGCUGCGUUGCUGUGUACCAGAAGAUGACCCAGACCACCUUCUCACAGGAUGAGUUGGUGUCUGUGGAAGAGGCUCUGUCUCUGGGCCGCACCGGCAGCAGCAACCAACCUUCCUCCACCUCGUCCUCCCUCCGCUCCGACUACAGCUCCUGCUCCGAGCACAGCCAGGGCAGACCCCCUCUUUCCUCCUACCCUUCGGCCAAGGAGGACAGUGGCUAUAUGCCCAUGUUGUGUGGGGUGGCAGCCUCACCCCGUGACACCCUGGAUUACAUGCCUAUGCAACCUAGCUCCCACUCUCAUCCCCACUCUCUCUCACACCCUCCCCAGCCCUCCCACUCCCCCCAGGCCUCUAGCCCAGCCCUGGCCCCACGCUCGGCCCACCAGCUCCAACCCCACCAGCCUACGGACCCCCAGGGCUACAUGAUGAUGCUACCAGGGGGACCGAGCUCCUCUUCUCCAGUCCAGGCCUCCCCAAGUCCCCACAACAGUAGCAGUAACAUGGGUCUGGGUGUCGGUAGUUCUGGUAGUAUAGUGGAGCGGCCUGAGACUGGAGAGUACAUGGACAUGUCGUACAGCAGUGGAAGAGGAGGGAAUGCGACAGGAGGACGGAAGCUCUCCAACGGAGGAGGAUACUACACACUGAGCAACCCUGAAGGUACCCCUAAAUCAUACAGUCCCUACUUCUCCCUGCCUCGCUCCUACAAGGCCCCCGUUGCCAGAGAUGGUGAACAGAGAAAAUGGGAGCAUGAGGAAUACGUGCCUAUGAGCUCCCCGGCUAAACCCAUCUACUCCCAGGUCACUGGCGUUACGACAAAGGGUUUCAGUAGUGGGGGGUCAGACGCCCACCACCCCCCGCCCUACGGUGCCCACCACCAAGCAGCUCGAGGUGACCGACGAACGACUGCGGUUCGGCCCAAUCGCCUCCCCUUGGGCCGCCACAGCUUCCAUGGGUCGCUGAGGGUUAGUGAGCCAGCUGCUGCCGAGGGACCCUCCAGCCCCGGCGAGUACAUCAACAUCGAGUUUGGGGAUCCCUACGGACCCCUCACAUCCUGCCCUCUCUCUGACCAGUACGUCUCACCCUCGAUGGGCUCUGCCGAGCAGCGUCACUCCCCUCCCCAGAACCAGGACUAUAUGAGUGUAGUGGUUGGAGGUGGGUGUGAUGAUGGUUGCCGCCUGACUAAGAACCAGUCCCCCAGACCCUCUCUGGUGGCCCCAUGGAACCCACCCAGCUACAUUCGACCGCUGACCGCCAAUUCCUCCCUGAGCGGAGCUCCUGGCUCUUCUGGCGCUCACUGGCGGACGGGAACAGAUGACUACACAGAUAUGACCUUUAACCUUAGCAAGGAUGAGGGGUCGCGGGGGUCACAGAUUAGCCCCACAGCUAUGCUGCAGCACCUGUGUGUGAUGGAGGGUCGGUACCCCCCUACCUUACUCCCCCACACCAUCAGCCCUCCCUCAUCCUUCAGCCCCCAGCCUGAGCCCCCCAAAGUGGUACGUGCUGACCCCCAGGGGCGACGCAGACACAGCUCUGAAACCUUCUCCUCCACCCCCGGAGGAGGCAGAACCACAAGCUCCAGCACCGGCACCAAUCCCCCCUCGGGCUCAGCCAACCCCUCAGCCAUCAACGGAGCUCUCCUGGCCGAGGGCUCCAAGUGGGCCAGCUCUGGCUCCUUUGAUAGCGUGUGGAUGUGUGUGGAGGGGAUAGGGGUAGAUUUGGCUGCCCAGCCAGUGCCCUCUGAUCUGGGCAUGGACUCAGCCUCCUCUGGGGGCCCUCCUGGAGGACAUAUGUGCAGAAAUGUGUCUGUGGGAUAUCAGAACGGCCUCAACUACAUUGCCCUGGAGCUGAGAGAGGACCAGGAAUCUAACACACUCCCCAUACCGCAGCAGCAGGGGGGAACCGGGCCGACCCCCAAUGCCCCCUCAGCUGGUAAUGUGACUGUGCCGGUAGCGGAGAACAACGGCGCCUAUGCCAGUAUAGACUUCACCAAGUCAGACGGGAUGACUGCCACGUUCACGGAAUGAAGCUGGAUGGAGGGAUCUGAUCUGAGAUGGGGUUUCUGUGGUGUACCCCUCUAACUAAAUCCCUCCACCGCCACCCUUCAACCUCGACCCCAUGGUGGCUCACUAGGUCAUGCCCCCUUUGAACCACAACACCACGAAGACGGCAGAAAGAUGAAGACUGAAGGCGCUCGCAUUUUAGUCUUUUUACACACACAUAUAUAUAUAUAUAUAUAUAUAUAUAUACUUUUUUUGGUUUUUGUUUUGUCAGUGGCUGGUUUGGAGGCUGCUCUCUCUUGUCGUUAAAGGACUUUAGAUAUAAAAACAUUUCUGAUCUACAGCACAAAAAGGGAGCUUUGCUCAAACAUGGUAUCGCUGUAAGUUAAUAAUAGCCAAAUAAUAAUACAACUCUUAGACUGGGUUGAGACUGGUCAGUAGAGUUUACUCUAAAGUAUUACUCUUAUCUUAGAGUUUACUCAUCUUCUCACUGAGAAACUGCUACAUGUAUUUAAAGCCACAUAGUGCAUUUGUUAUCCUGACAUGGUUUAUUUAGUAUUUUUCUAUUCGCAGAAAAGGGUACUGGACUCGACGAUAGUCCCAAUAUUUUCCAUAAAAGACGCAAGUACUUUAUUUCCACUCAAGGGCCUUAUUAGCACAGGUCUGGCUCACAGAUGUAUGGAGAUAUAUACACAUACACACUUUCACUUGUCUGUGCUAUUUAGGCUACAGUCAGGGCCGUAACCAAGGUUUUUGUGAGGUCCGGAUUUUUUUUGAGGGGGUGGGCGUUGAAGCUCAUUUACUGCAUUUCUGUACAAUUCAAAAAAAGCUAUUUGUAGAACAGCAAAACAAGCAAAAAUGACCACCGCCAUUAUCACCGUGGCUGCUGUAGGUUCAUUCAUUCACCUCAGUCGAUCUACAAACGUAUAUUAGCUAUACAAUUGUAAUGUUAUAUCCCUGAAAGGGGGGGUGAAAUAGGAGGAACGAUUCAAACUGACACAUAGCAUCGGCAACUGUUGAGUCAGUUGUAAUGAUGAAUUGCAGAAAAUCACAUUUUUACUUCUCUUUUCUCAAAUUACAUAGCAUUAACGUUUGUAUCCCUAGGCAUUACUAAUCAAGCUCUGCACAAACACAUCAAAGAAGCACACAGAUCGUUUAUCACAUGCACAUGAAUUAUUAGAAUAUUAUGAUUCUGUAUUGAUAUCAGUGAUGUAGUGGGUAAUGGGUAAACUAUAAACUCCAGGGGUAAACAGUUACCAAUAUAAAUGAAAAUGUAUGUCAUUUUUAGUGUACUGUAUUGUUUGCAUUUCGAUUUGAAUGUAAUGUCUGCCUAGGCCUGUAGGGAAGAUGGGCCAUGUGGAGAUGUUCAUAUUGAAACAUAUUUUAAGUUCCUAACCUGUUUAAAAGAUUAGUACAGAUUUUCUCAGGGGGGCCCAGACCCAAGUUUGGGAACCACUCCUUCUCUGCUUCCAUUGCAGCCUGCCUCAACCUUAACACUUGAGUGCCACAUCACUGUCUUUCAGUAGCCUACUCUCUGUAAAGCAAAGUUAUUUAACUUUUUUUUUUUGCUCCUGUUGAGUUCGGCUUCGUUUAACAUUAGCUUCAUCCUUCUAGCUGGCCCUCGGCCUGUGCCACAAGAGGGCAAAGUUAGCCGUUUGAGAGCGUGGUGAAUGUGCUGCUAAAAAAGAAAAUCCGGGGAGGCAAAUCCAGGGGGACGCAGGCGAACAUAGCGAACAAACCACUGUUCCUGAUUCCACUCGUACGCAAAGAAGCUGGCGUGAUUUAAAAACAGCCAGAUCAAGAAUGUAAGUGUUCUGAGCUUUGAUCAAUGCUGAAAGCAAUAUUCAGAUGUUGACCCAUAAUAGAUUAUUUUUAAUAGAAAGAAAAUGAGAAUACAGGACCGCUGUGUCCUCAUGCAGUUACGGCCCUGGUUACAGUGACUGACCACACACACACGAUGCCCCCUGUUGCAGUGACUGACCACACACACACACGAUGCCCCCUGUUGCAGUGACUGACCACACACACACACGAUGCCCCCUGUUGCAGUGACUGACCACACACACACACGAUGCCCCCUGUUGCAGUGACUGACCACACACACACACACGAUGCCCCCUGUUGCAGUGACUGACCACACACACACGAUGCCCCCUGUUACAGUGACUGACCACACACACACACACGAUGCCCCCUGUUGCAGUGACUGACCACACACACACACGAUGCCCCCUGUUGCAGUGACUGACCACACACACACACGAUGCCCCCUGUUGCAGUGACUGACCACACACACACGAUGCCCCCUGUUACAGUGACUGACCACACACACACACACGAUGCCCCCUGUUGCAGUGACUGACCACACACACACACGAUGCCCCCUGUUGCAGUGACUGACCACACACACACACGAUGCCCCCUGUUGCAGUGACUGACCACACACACACACGAUGCCCCCUGUUGCAGUGACUGACCACACACACACGAUGCCCCCUGUUACAGUGACUGACCACACACACACGAUGCCCCCUGUUACAGUGACUCCACUAAUCCAACAGUAAGUGUGCUGGGUGACACACGGGGCUGGGGUGACGUUAGGGGUUCCAGUAACCUGACUCUACCCCCCCCCCCCCCCCAAGGUGCAACAUACACACACGGACACACACCUCUGCCAGCCCCUAACUUCCCUGGUUACGCACCGCUGGACCUCUCCCAUUGCCAAGCAUGUAGGCUGGCUGAAGUGAGGGAGAGAUCGCAGGGGAGUGAGGGUCUAUUCUCGGCCUAAACUGGGAUCCACAAGAACCAGUUCAGAGAGGUUUUCAGGAUAUGACAGUAAGGCACAAGUAAGGUCAAAUAUGUUGUCUAAUAUGUUGCUUGGAAUCCGUGCGCCAUUUAACAGAGGAGUGAUCAAUUUACCAUCCUAACUGAAAGACUGCUGUAGGUUUUCCUCUUUAAUUUUCUUUAAUUUCAGUAUUUUGACUCGUGUGCCAUGUCUUUAAAAAAAAAUAUAUAUAUAUAUCCCUAAAAAAAAUGUACCCUCCUGUCUCCCUUCUGAAAGGCUGGAAGCAGUGACUUCUGCUAGAGUACUGUUGUGUAUUUUUCUGUGCAAUCUCUGUCAGCCUUUUAUAUAGUUAACCCUCUCUAUGGGUGUAGGUGGGAGGAAUGGGGGGGACAGAGGGAGAUGAUGUUAGUGGCACUAUCGAUUGCGUGACUGGAGUGUUCAUUUUAUUCGCUCGCCUGAUUUAUUCCCUCGCUUCCUUCCCCCUCUUUCCCUUCUUUUUCUAGAUCCCUUAGUCAUUUGAUAUGAUGACUGAACCAAAAUGUCAGUGAGAAGAAAAGAAAGAGCUUGAUGCUUGUUAGGAAAGGGGGGGGGGGGGAUUAGAAGGGCUCAAAAGUAUCAUGGUACGUCUUGUCGGUGUGUUAACCAAUGUAUAAAGAUGAUUAUGAUGAUAUAUUUGUUGGUGCAGAAUAAUGGACUGUGGAAAAGGUUGACACCCACCCGAGCAAAAAAACAAAAACCAACUUUCAACAACCCGUCAGAUCCCAUUUGGUACAACCAAUGUCUUAUAUGGUACUGUUGCGGUGCACAGAACCUGCUGUUACUGUAUGUUAAGGAAAAUGAACCGUCACUAUACCUACCCAAGGCUGAAACCAUAGAACUAGAAUCCUCAUCAUUCUAAUUCUGUGGUUGGAACACGUUUUAAAGGCUAUGAUUUAUUUAUUUAUUUCGGUUACGCUGCAGCGCUUUUCAGCUAUUAGAUUUGAACAAUACAAAAGCUUUAUUUGGCAAGACUUUCUGUGAUUUUAAGAAGUCUUACUUAAUCAAUUAAAUAAAUAAAAAAAUAGGCUUGAUUAUCAAUACUCAUAUCAGCCUUGUUCAGUUCUGUACUAUUUGGUGCAUGAUGAUUCUACUUUGUUCUGUUGAUAUAUUAUAGGCCAAUAUGGUCGGGUCCCACACUUCUUACUCUCGAUGUAUUGGACAUGCAUUCUCAGUAGUGUUCUACUAGUGUGCAUACUAAGUAGUAUGCUAGUGUGGAUGUUGGAACGGAGCCGUAGAGUUUUGAGUAAACAAUAAUAACAAACCCUUUUUAGGAAAUAAUGGGGGAAAUUCUAAUAACUACAUAAUAUAUUACAGAGGAACUACACGGUACUGCAUAAAUAAAUGUGCAACAGUAUUUUUAUUUUUGUUUAUCUACUUCAUAGAAAGAGCAGAAGUUAAAUCUCCAUAGUUUUUUGGGUGUUGUGUUGAUACUUUGGAUUGAACACUUAAAGACGGGGUUUAAAAUCAUUUUUAAGCUAAACGGAGACAGUGGGAUAAACUUGUUUUCAAGAGUAUGACGAUGUAGACACUUAGCAGUUUUGUAUUAAAAAAAAAACAGAAAAAUAAAAAAUGACCUCUGCCUGAUGUUUUUGUAACUUACUAUUUUAUUUGCUGCUGUGUAGUAUUACAUAAUAACCCGUUUGAGUGCUGUUGAUCUGAUGGCAACCAUGACCAUGUCAUUUUCAUUGCUACCUGUGUUUUCUUUCACAAUUGAAUGGCAUUGUCAUUUAGCUUUAUGGAACAGACAGUUCUUCAUACGGUGGAGGUGUUAAUCCUCAUAUGUGCAUUAUAUUUCUCUGCAACGUAUGUCCUUAAGGGGGGAAAAAGGUGUUAAAACAACAAAAAAGAAGAGAAAUUAUUUAAAUAUGAUAGUAUUUUUUUCAUGUUAAUUGCGCCUCUUUCUUUUCUCUCUCACUUCAGGGGGUGGAGUGAAGUCCUAUAGUGGAGGAAUUUGGAGCAUAGUGUUUAUUUAUCCAACUUUUUUGCUUUCAAUAGAGCUAUUGCAAUAAAAGUGUUAAUGUACAUCCUA